AUGCCCUCCGCCAAAGCGCCUGCAUUCACCACGCUCCCAGCCGACUCGACCGACGAGGCGAUCCUCGAGGCCUUCGAUCGCGAUGGCGCGGUCAUCAUCUCCGGCCUGCUGAGCCAGGACAGCGUCCGGGCCAUUCAGAAAGAACUCAAGCUCGAGUCGGAUGCCGUGUCUCCGCAGGCUAUCACGGCGCUGGCGUCGAAAUCGCCCACGACGGUCGACCAGGUGAUUCUGUCGGAACAGCUGAAACGACUGCUGUACGCCCGUAUGUCCAAGACCACGCGCAUCUGGCACGGCGAAGACCGAUUGUCCAACACGUCGCGGCCGUGGCUGAGUGCGACGGUGGUGUUUGAAACGGCGCCCGGCGAACAGGCUCAGCCGCUGCACCGGCACGACGACAUCUACUUUGUCGACCACCCCCUCGAGAUCCCUGCUGAGACGUGGGCGCUGAUCGCUCUGGACGACGAGGGGUCCGGCGAGGCAGGGAGCAUGGUCGACGCGAUUCUCGGAAGCCACCGAUGGGAUGAAGAAUGGGACCCUUCCGGCCACAGCCUGGCAUCCACCGUGCUGAAGCGCGGAGACUGUCUCCUGCUGCACGGCUCGACCGUCCAUCGUGGCGGAGAGAACGGGUCGUCACGGGUGCGUCGCACUCUGGGCGUCUCGUGGACCCGCGGCCAUAUGCGACAGGAAGAAAAUCAGUUCCUGAACAUCACCAAGGAACAGGCCAUGAGCCUAGACGAACGCACACAAAGAGCAAUUGGGUACAAUGUCAACCCUCCGUACGGCGGAUGGUACGAGCUUCGAGACCCGAUCACCUACCUCCAGGCCGAGGAGACGGUGGACAAGACCAUGAGGGAGUUCCUGGGAGACGGAGAGAAUCCCACGGCAUCAAAUUGA